AUGUUGAAUUCCACAGAAAAUCCGUUUAUACUGAUGAAGGUUCAGGGAUAUCCAUGUCAAAAGGUCUGUGGUGCCCAAUUAACAGAAGUAGAAAUUACAACCGGAGCGGAUAUUCCCCUUGAGGAAGGGGUCAAUUCAGCCAUUGAAGGAACCAUCAAACCAGAUGGAACGACAUCAAAUCAGAGGGUCCAAAUGCGUUACUGUUACUACCAAAGAAAGGACUAUGGUUUGUACUCAGCUAAGUACACUGGAACCUCUUUACUUUCCCCUUUUUCCCCCUUAAGGUGACUCCAACUUAAUUAUGAGCCAAUUUUAGUAUUUUUUCUGACCUGCUUGCGUCGCGUCAGAAGUGCCGGAUAAUUCUCAGUUUUGGAUAUGUGUAAGUUCAAUUAUUCUCGCUUUUCACUGAAUAACUGAGAUUUAUUUUGAAGCUUGGAUUUCUAACAAUGCUAUUUUCGCAAACUGUUCUUUGUUCGCAAAAAAAUUGAACGCUUUCCACUUGUCGACCUAGAACUGGUGGAGGCAUUCAAAAUGAAUUCAUUUACGUGGAUGCCCAGGCAGAAUGAAAGCAAAGUUCGAAACCUCGGUACAUUUGGGUUGGUUUUCGGAAAAAGAGCAAGCUCAAUACCAGCAAAAUAGCGCGGCAUAUGGACAAAGGAGUAGCCUCACUGGAGCAAGUUGCCGAUUUAUAUCUUUCAAGUAUGUUUUUACAAAAUGCCAUAUUUUGUAAAUAAAUCAGUUUAAUUUAUUAUUUUGCCAGCAAAUUUUCUUCUGUGCACAGGAGGGGAAUCACACAAGUAGCAUUAGAGUUACGAGCCUGAAAUUUAUGUACCUUAUUUAUCAAUAAUCGAACAUUACUGCCCUUCAAAAUUGUUUAAAUUGGCGUUUUUCGUAGAAAUCGCUCGAUUUUUUUGCGAACAGAAAGACAAUUUGCAAAAAUACCAUUGUUAGAAAAUUUGCUCUUAUCGCCAAAUCCAAGCUUCAAAGUAAAUUUAUUUUGUUACUCAGUUAAAAGCGAGAAUGAUUGAAACUACACAUAUCAAAAAUCAAGAAUUAUCCGGCCACUUCUGACGCGACGCGAGCAGGUUGAAAUGCUAAAAUUGGCUCACAAUUAAGUUGGAGUCUCCUGAAUUACUGACCUCAAAUUUUAGCUUAUGAUUCUUCUUGAAAAAAGUUUGAUGUUGUUUUCUUUUUCUCCAGUUUGGAGAGUUCUAAUACAGGCGAUGAACACAAAAUUGUAAAAUUAUAUUUCGGUUGCUCUAACCAGACCACAAUGGCCGGCGCUGCUCCGUGAUUAAAUCGGGAGAAAGUCUGCCGCUGUCUUCCGAGGUCUUCUAUGUAAUUCUCUUUGAUGUUUUCUCCUCAAAUAAUUUGUCCAGGAGAACAAAAACAUACUCGUAACGGGGCUGGCGGAAACCGCGUUUUAGAAGACAAUAAAUCUAUACUUUUGCCCAUUUAACCUAUUGACACAAACCACGCGUGUAAAUAACCUCGCCUUAUUAAAAUCAAGAACUGAGCCAGCGAUCAAAUAAUCAAGUAAUCAGCGGAAAAUCAAAUAAUCAAAUAAUUUUAAAAAACAGCCUGUGAUACAGUCACGUGAUAAUGGCCAGCGGAUUUCCUAUUUCUAUAACUGUCAAUUCACGUUCAUAAGGAUGGCGAAUGCUUUACAACGGACUGCGGAUCCGACAAUCUAACCAGUUAGUGUGGGUAAGGUUGUCAUUUCACUUCAGCUUAAUGGUUUGUUGUGCACUAAAGACCACGUUAGUUUUGCGAUAGUGGUCUGUUCCAUUUUGACAGCUGUCAAUUUGGCUUACGCAUAUGACACCCCUGAAAGCGUUGAUUUAUUUCUAUGUUGGUAAGCGUUACAUUUUAAAUCAGCUUACAUGCAGGGCAAAAAACGGCUGGCGUUUCACAUGAGCCUUUAGGCCUGUCCCGAUUGUGCUCGGCAACUUUUGAGCAAGUCGACGAUUUCAUAAAAUAUAAAUAAUAAUAAUAAUAAUAAUUCAGGGAAUUUCUUAAAUGUCAAAAGAGGAUUUCCCUCUCUGGUAAAUGUUUAGCAACCUUUUUCAACGUAACACGCAAUCUCUAACUUGCCCACGUUUGGCAGGCGUAAAAGGGCAAUAAUUGCCUAUGAAUAAUUAAUUAGUUUUCUUUAAAAUUUUUCCCAUAUUUUUAAAGGAAAGUCUGUACCUUUUUUUUUUUUACAUUCUUCGCAAUUAUUGAAAAGAGCAAAAAAUGAAGCUUCAACUUGAAACGUAAAGUUGGCGUUUAUAGAUAGAUAUCCAGAAAUUUCGGAAGCAACGUUUUGGAUUUUUUGGCAUUUUAGUAGCAACGUUCCAGCAUUUUACGAGCACAAUCAGGAAAAGCCUACAUGAGCCGGCAAGACAGUCAUGUGAUACUUGUCAGUGGAUGCCCUAUUUUGCUAGCAGUCAAUUCGUCUUUAUAUGGAUGGCGUAUAUAACUGAUUUGGUAUCGUCAUUUCCCGUGUCUUAGUAAAGUAAAUGUGACAGUUGAUUUCUGCUUAUAUAUGUAUGGGCUGGACGGGUCGCAGCUGCAAAUAUGCCUUAUUGACUUAGCGUGAGGUCAAGAUAGCUGUGCAUAGGCCAAGUUCUUUUUUUGCCUUUUUGAUAAAAAACGCAAAAUAAGAACGAGGAAAAUAUCCAGCCACCUUGACCGAACAAGCUUGUUGGUCGAUAAAAUAUUUAUUGUAUGGUCAAAAGGAGAACUUUUUUUGCGGGAUCAACGCGGGAAAUCCCUAGUGGGCAAGAUGGGCCCUUCUUGCCCCCUCGCGUAUACGUAGUCGCUUCAUCUCGCCCGCUCGCGGACUCAGCCAUAUAAUAAUAGUUAUAAUUGGUCGAUUGGUUCGGCAAUCAAACACAAUCGGACUAGCACUUUUUGAUGAGUUUUAGUACCAAGAAGAUCAAUAACAAUCGGCUCGAUUUUUCACGAAAAGAAUAACCCAUUAAUAUCAACAUUCUUGUUAUAUUUCAUUGUUAAGAGUUAAUCUUUCUUGCUGAAAAAGCUAGUCUGAGGAAAUCAACCAGGUCCCUUACAGUUUAACCUGCCGCUGAAUAAAAGUGCUUUAUGAAGUGCAGAAAUGAUACAAUGAUGAGAAGUUCAGUGGCAACAGUGUAUAGCAUUUUACAAAAAAAAAUCGUAUAAUAUAUAGUAAAGGUGUCUCAUCUCAAAUUAAUGAAGGGAAAGUAAAACUUAAGAUGUCUGAUAUGGCAUUUACACUGAAUUUGGCUACGGUACUUAAAGGAUUGGUGUGAAUUUAUGACAGUGGUAAGUGAAGACGGUGAGUUUUAAGUCUCCCUAAUUUACGUUACUUACUGUAUUAUUCGUUUGCAGCUAAAUUCGCGAGUUAUGAGCUUGUUGAAAUCCCCAUGAAGGCACAUAAAGCUGAAAGAGAGUGCCAAAACAGGAGAGGUCACCUAGCCAGCAUCCAUAAUCAGAAGGAAAAUGAAGAUGUAAGAAAACUGGUUGGAUCAGGUUCGAAGGCGUGGAUUGGCUUGAAGAGGAAGACCGUGCGAAACAGACCGUGGGUCUGGACCGAUGGCACUGAGCUGGACUUCGGGGAUUGGGAACCAGAUGUCACCGACAAUGAAAACUAUGUUUCAAUUAGCGGAGACGAUGGUUCAUGGGAGGCGAAGGAUAAAAAUCCAAAGCUCCCGUUUGUCUGCAAAGUGAUAAAAGAUUGUCCAUAA